AGGAAGUCAUGAGCAGAAGGGUGUGGUCGACUGACGGUUCUUAAUGGUUCCUGACUGACACACAGAGGAAAGAGACCGUGGAUGCUGCUCUGGAACGAGCUCUGGAACUACGCGACAUCUCAGGAUGGACACCAAGAUUCAGCUGAGCUGGACGGCAGUAUGUCUGUUUCUCACACUACCAGGUGCGCCUACACAUGCCUCCUGUCCUGUUGAGCUCAACCCUCCCAGAGUAGUGGUGAGAUAUGGGGACUCCAUCUCAGUCAACUGCACAUCAUCCACAGACCCCGAGGGGAUGGGGUGGGAGGCCACGUUCGGAGGUACAGGUUUGAAUGAAAAUGUCAACUUUGUCACCUGGACUGUGAGAAGCCUCAUGGACUGGACAAUAGAACCUAAAUGCUACGUCAAUCCACAAAAUGGAAGUCAGUGUAAUGAGAUUCUCCCUGUCAUUCUCUACAAGACUCCAGACAGCGUGUCUAUCUCUCCUCUGAGCCACUCUGGUCCAAUGAUGGAGGGGAAGAAGUACCAGCUGCAGUGUGACAUCCAGAACAUCGCUCCUCUACAGAACCUGGUUGUGAGGUGGUACAAAGGGAAUGAAACUAUAGAGACUCAAAGGUUUAAUGACUCCACAAAGAAACCAGUGAAUAUGUCCUCCACCCUCACCAUCACCCACAGAAGAUAUGAGGGUGAAGUGGAGUACAAAUGUGAGGCAGAGCUGGACCUGGGACCAGAGGGACCAAAACCUUCUGCCUUGUCAUCAAAACCUCUUAAUGUUACUGUUUACUCUCACACAAACACGUUAACAACACCCACGGCUAAGUCCUUAACCACCGCAGUGACACCAUCUCCAACCACCUCUGAAAAUACCAUCAAGAGAACCAUCGCUCUUCUUGUUGCCUGGGAUGCAAAGUGGGAUGAACCAUUCAAUUAUGACUACUACUUCCUCCGUGUUGUUGGUCUGUCUAUGGCUGCAGCGCUCUUCAUCCUGGGUAUUAUGGUCAUUAGCUGUGGUAAAGUAUGCCGGAUGCCUAGGUGUCAUGUGGGCACAGGGAAGUCGUACCAAGUGGCCAGAGAGUAGUGAGGGGACAAACGUGUUACUGAGGGGCCUCAAGACACCAAAAGAGUUCAUCAGAGGGACAUGGAGAAACAACACUGAUACAACAGACCUUAUCGACCAUGUGCGUAUGUGUGUGUGAAAACGUUGUUGGACAAAACUCUGUCUCUCAUUUCAGAGAUAAGAACGUGAGAUGUGUUUUAUGUGCCUUUCCCACAGACUACAAGUGAGACUCACUCAACAUUAUGAAAUUACCCCUCCCUCACUCUUCUAAAGACUUACCUGUGGUUUUGAAUGCAAGUUUUAUUAAACUUUGGCAAUCAUGUUUCUAUGUAUAUUUUCAAAUGCUUACAAAAUGUUACAGAAUACAUACUGUUACGUAGCUCAGAGGCGCCCCCAAGAGCACUGGAAGAGGUACUGAUCCUUUUCUCUCUGAUAUCCCAGAGAUGGAAAUUUCAUGCCUAGCUUUUCACAGAUUUUCAUGUAGAUUUUAUCUGUAGAUUUGUCACCAACGUGGAUGACAUUUUCUCUAAUAAAUCACAUACAUGUCCUGUU